CAGUGGCCCCACCAAUUUGGACGGUUCCGAUUCCAGGCUCCUUCCUUAAAAGCCUUUUCCCUUCCACUCGAACCGGGUAAUCUUCCACGCGAGAAAUGGCCGCCCGCGGGAAACCAAAAGUCCAGAAGCAGAAGCGAGUGAAAGGAUCCAAAACCCUCUCCAAAAACCCUAACCACAUUCCUCUCGGCAAAAACAGAGUCAAUACAGAGAAGAAGAAGAAGAAGAAUAAGAAAAUCCCAAAAGCAGAUGGUGAUUCCAAAGCACCUGUACUUCUCGCGGCAACACAGCAGCUUCAGUUCUUUCUCGAUCGAUUCCAGUCGGCAAAUGGAAUCAAGCUGUCUUCUCUCGAGUUGGAAGGAUUCAAAGAUACCUGCAUCGUGGAUCUGUCCCAAGAUCUGACUCAGGAUGCUAGCAAUUUAAGUAAACAUUUGAAGGCUACUUUUGGAAUGUCAUGGAAAGAAACACUCUAUGAAGGGCAGGUUUUAGAGGGAAAAGUUGUUGCAGGGAGUCCGUCAGUUCUUGUUAUCAGUACCUCCGCCUUAAGAUCCUUGGAGCUCCUCAGAGGUUUACGAUCACUGACAAGAGAAUGCCGUGCGGUAAAGCUAUUUGCAAAACAUAUGAAGGUGGAGGAUCAGGUAUCACUGCUAAAGGGUCGUGUAAACAUUGCCAGUGGAACACCAAGUAGGAUCAAGAAGCUGAUUGACAUGGAUGCAUUGGGGCUUUCACGAUUAGCAGUGGUUGUGCUUGAUAUGCACACGGAUGCCAAGGGCUAUUCCCUUUUUACUCUUCCACAAGUCAGUGGUGAGUUCUGGGACUUACAUAGAAGUUACUUCCAUCAGCUACUGCUCGAAGGGAAUCUACGACUUUGUUUGUAUGGCCCCAUUGGCGGGAUUGAACUCAAGAAUGCAGUUCCUUCUGAUGAAUGAUCAUUGGAUUGAUCAAAUGCCAUGUGGGGAGAUGAUGCAAUGGAGGCGGAAGAACCGGAAUAUGGUGGAGCCAUCUCUCCAUAGUACGCGAGGUAAGGUGAUGUAUCAAUUGGGUCCAUCCAUCUAGUGGGACUUGGUAUGUAUUCUAAUCUUUGAAAGACAAUCCUAUGCGUCACUCUGCUUCAAUUUGCCCAACUGGUUAUUUGACCGUUAACUAUUUUAGAUGUUGCUUUGAUGGUUACUUAACCAAUGGAUAAGAUUGUCAAUAAGUGUAAUUUUUGAACAGUAA